UCGUUUGGAAAAAUGUUAUUAUUUUUACCUAUAUUCAUCUUGCUGCCAUUUAUGGAAUGUACAUGGCUUGCUUGCAUGCUAAAUAUUGGUCAAUUCUAUGGUUUGUUGCUCUUGGUACAGCUGCGAUGAUAGGCGUUACCGCUGGCACUCAUAGAUUAUGGUCUCAUCGAUCUUACAAGGCAAAGUGGCCCAUGAGACUUAUUCUCAUGAUUUUCCAGACCAUCGCUUUUCAAGAUACUAUUUACCAAUGGGCCAGGGACCACCGCGUGCACCAUAAGUUCACCGAUACUGACGCGGAUCCAUAUAAUGCGCGUAGAGGAUUUUUCUUCUCGCAUAUCGGUUGGCUUUUAAUUCGCAAGCAUCCUGAUAUCGUUAUUAAAGGCCACACCUAA